CGGAAAUUACUUGUUUGGAAUGGGAGCUACAGCUUCCGCUGUCUGAGGGCGUUUUUUCAAGCUUAGCACCAGAGAUUUUUGGGGUGGUGGCUGCUUGGUUUAUAAGUUUGGAGCUCCACCAAGUUAUUUGAGGACACUGAUUUGAAGGAAUUCUCCUCAUUUCUAACCUAUCGCAAUUUGGGCUCUCCAAUCCAGGCUUCAAACCUUGUUUUUCUCCUUUUUGGGAAAACAAGUUCACGCAUCAAAAGAGUGGUUUACCAGCUGACCAAUAAGCUACAAUUUGAGCUAGCUACUGUAGCUUGAUAGCUGAGAGAGGCGUCGAUGCAGGCCAUCAAGUGUGUUGUAGUGGGGGACGGAGCUGUGGGUAAAACAUGCCUGCUCAUCAGCUACACCACCAAUGCGUUCCCCGGGGAAUAUAUACCCACAGUCUUUGACAACUACUCUGCCAAUGUCAUGGUCGAUGGGAAACCAGUGAAUCUGGGUCUAUGGGAUACAGCAGGACAGGAAGACUACGACAGACUCCGACCACUGUCCUAUCCACAGACGGAUGUGUUCUUGAUUUGCUUCUCUCUCGUGAGUCCUGCCUCCUUUGAAAACGUCCGUGCCAAGUGGUACCCAGAGGUAAGACACCACUGCCCCAACACCCCCAUCAUCCUGGUGGGCACCAAGCUGGAUCUGAGAGACGACAAGGACACCAUCGAGAAGCUGAAGGAGAAGAAACUCACCCCCAUCACCUACCCCCAGGGCCUGGCCAUGGCCAAAGAGAUUGGAGCAGUAAAGUACCUGGAAUGCUCAGCCUUGACACAGCGUGGCCUUAAGACAGUAUUUGACGAAGCCAUCCGGGCGGUCCUGUGUCCCCCACCCGUCAAGAAGAGGAAGAGGAAGUGCUCACUACUCUAAAUUCCGCAGACAGGAAGUAGGAAGUCACGCUGCAGUCUGAGCUCACCUAUUGGUAAUGAAUAAGAGGGCGGGGGAGUGUCUUAGGAGGAAGGGGGAGGAUUCUACAAAAACCAUAUGUAUCCAGAUAUAAUUUUUUUCUCUUUCGUAUUGUAAUUGGUACAUACUACUUAAAAUGAUUGAUUUAAUUAUACGAAGCUUACAAUGAACUCUUCUUCAGCUCUAGGAAGAAGGGGGUUGGACAAGCCCUACAUGUUUCCCCUACACUAAGAAAUUCCUGCUGCCUUCAAAAAUGUUCCCUUUUUUUAUGUUCCUGGAAGGUAAUACUAAUUGCGCUUUUCAAUUUCGGUCUCUUUCCACUCUUCGAGUCCAUAUUGUUUGUUUACAGACUUCAAUGAAUUGAGGUGUUGCCAAAAUUCCUACUUCAUAUAACGGUCAUCACUUUCUAGGAGCUCCGUGUACACUAAAUGUCAUGAUUUCUUGUUUUUUCUCUUCUGUACAAUGUUUGCGACCAUAAUUUGCUUAAUCUUGACAAAACGGUUUAUAGCUCAAGAGAAAUCUAAAUAAACAAAUUCUAAGCGUUGUACUAGCUGUUAAGUUC